UAAAUGAAUUUAAUAUGUACCCUUAUUAUGUCAUACAAAUGUGUCAAUAUAGAAUAUUGUUUAAUUAAGGUUGGAAAUGAAUUAAACUAAUAAUUAUCUUCAUGAUUGUGAAGAUAAGAAUAUUGUCAUGUAGGUUAGAUCCACGGUGUAUCAAAGGGCCGUAAGUUGCAAUUCAAAAGACCCUCGAAAAGGCAUAUCCGGUGAGAAGAUUCCGUCUAAAAAAUUGGUUAAAAUAACUGAGGACGACGGAGAAGCAGAGAAAUGGCCAAAGCCAUGGCCGCCGCACUCUGCUUCGUUACUCCGGUGUUGUCUUCAUUUCUUUUUGUUGGGUGUGCUGCAAGACCUUUCUAUCCACUUCCUAGUAGAUUCCCGGGAGAAAUUAGACAACCUCUUCAAACCAAUCGCCCAUAUAAUAUUGCUCAUCGAGGUUCAAAUGGAGAAUUUCCAGAAGAAACUCUUCCUGCAUAUAAGAGAGCUAUAGAAGAGGGCGCAGACUUCAUUGAGACGGACAUCUUAUCUUCCAAAGAUGGGGCUCUUAUAUGCUUCCAUGAUGUAACCCUUGAUGAGAUUACUGAUGUUGGAAAAUAUAAAAAGUUCGCCAAUCGUAAAAGAACAUAUGAAGUCCAAGGAGUUAAUAUCACUGGUUUUUUUACCGUUGAUUUCACAUUAAAAGAAUUACAGUCAUUGAGGGUGAAGCAAAGAUUUCCUUACAGAGAUCAACAAUAUAAUGGAAAGUUUUCUAUUAUUACUUUUGAGGACUUCAUUGCAGUUGCACUAGAUGCACCCAGAGUUGUUGGAAUAUACCCCGAGAUUAAAAAUCCAGUAUUUAUUAACCAGCACGUCAAAUGGCCAGAUGGUAAGAUAUUUGAGGACAAGUUUGUUGAGAUUCUUAAAAAAUAUGGAUACCAAGGUUCAUAUCUGUCAAAAAACUGGAUGAAUCAACCUGUAUUCAUUCAGUCAUUUGCUCCAACUUCCAUCAUACACAUAUCAAAUCUAACUGACCUGCCCAAGAUCUUACUGAUCGAUGAUACUACAAUUCCAACACAGGACACAAAUCAGUCAUAUUGGGAAAUUAUUUCGGAUAGCUACUUCAAUUACAUAAAAAAGUAUGUGGUGGGAAUUGGACCUUGGAAGGAUACUGUGGUUCCUGCAGUUAACAACUAUAUUCUAACACCUACAGAUCUUGUUACCCGAGCACACGCCCAUAACCUACAGGUACAUCCAUACACUUUCCGAAACGAGUAUAAUUUUGUUCACUUCAACUUUCAUCAAGAUCCAUAUGAGGAAUUUGAUUACUGGAUCAACACAAUAGGCGUCGACGGCCUCUUCACCGACUUUACGGGUAGUCUACAUCAUUUUAAGAAAUGGACCUCUAAUCUCCCUCCCAAGGAUGAUGAUGCGGAUGAACAGAAGGCCUCUGAUUUAUUACAUAAAAUUUACUUGAUGAUAAAUUCAUAUAGAAGUCCUUAGGACAGACAAUGUAUUCGGGGUUGGCUUAUGCUGCUUCAUUUGGGCAACAACAUUGUUGAAAUCUGUUUAUAGAUAAGGCAAACUGGGGCAUGGCAUUUAAACCUGGAUGGGAUAGAAUAGUCAAUGAAUAAAAGAAAAAAGAACAACUGAUGCCUCUCUAUUCUCAGCUCUUUUAUGUUGCUUGAUGAUACUUUCUUUAUUCUGAAAAUGAUGAUUGGUUUGCUGUUAUUAUUAUGUAAAUGGAAAGUUUGGGAAUUCUUCUAUUCUGCUUCAA